GUGACCAUGCAUGCCAAGCCUUGAACAGACGUGAGUCACGUGUGUUGGAUGUUAUCGAGCUCGCAGAUUGCACCUUCCCUCACACAUAAUAGACGACAGAUGCCAUUGUCGCGCCACGCUAGCAAUCUUCCUUCCUGCGCUCUGUUCAGCCUGAGUAUACGUCUACAAGCGCUAUAACGACCCGUCAACACCCACUCCCAACAACGCCAUUCUCGCCGCAUCCAUAGCGGUCAUAGCCCACUGAGUAACCACACCUUUCCUGCUCCACUUGCCGUGAACGGCUGCUGAGUCCAACAUGAGCAAGCUUGCGGCGCUCCGAGAGGAGCUCGCGGGGUAUGAAGAUGACCUCAACACGUGCAUCGAGUACCUCGCCCUCGAGCCGGACGACGCAGAUUCGAAAGACACCAAGACGUUGCUGGAGGAGCAGAUAGUCGACGUCAAAGCGCGCAUUGCCGAGGAGGAGUCGAGGCAACAGGCAACCGCACCACCGCCACCGCCACCGCCACCCACUGGCAGCGACAUCCCGCCCCCGCCGCCAAAGUAUGACAUGACGCGCCACCCCAAGUUCCUCGAGCAAUCUCACGACGCGCCCCCACCCCUGCCCCCGGACGAGCAGCAAAGCUUCCACGUGAAAGAUGUCGUCAUGGCGAAGUGGUCCGAAGACAAGCAAUGGUACCAAGCCACCGUCGUCAGCAAAACCGGCAGCUCCGCCGACCCCGUCUACACCGUCACCUUCAAGGGCUACAACAACACCGAGACCAAGCGCAAACACGAGAUCAAGCCCGUGCACGUGACCGAAAGCAAGAAGCGGAAGGCUGACGGCUCCCCAGCAGUCUCUUCCACCAAUACCAACGCCGCGACUGCCUCUCCUGCGGCACCGACCAACACGAUUGCGGUAGGCCACGUGAUCAGCGCGGCGCCAGCAGUCAAUACUUCCCUCAUGCCGCCCAAGCGCGAGCCGAGUAAAGUCAGCGACGGGCCUACGCGGAUGGCGCCCGAGCCGAAGAAGUUGAAGGGGCAGAAGCAGCUGGCGAAGAACCAGGAGGGGUGGAAAGCGUUCCAGGCCGUCGGACCGAAGAAGGCUGCUCUUGGUGGUGGUGGUGGUGGUGGUGGCGGUGCCGUCAAGCAGAAGGACAGUAUGUUGCGUACUCCUGAUAAUCCAAAGGCCAAGGUUGGGUUUACGGGGAGUGGCAAGGCGAUGCAGAAGGAUCCGGCGAUGAAGCGGUGGAAUUAUAAGGAUAGUGUGGAGGAUGACUGAUCGUCAUGCUCUCGCAGAGGGGACUCCGUUUGAUGGAUGGCGUUCUCUGUGGAGUUGGCACUUACAGACGGUAAGCCAAAGCGUCGUCUUUUAGUUAUAUGGCACCAGCAUGACGGGCAGGGCAAGGCAAGGCAACUGAUUGAGCUUUGCAACGGCGUAAACCUCCUGUGGCGGGACGCUCGGCGGGUCAAUGGUGGACGACGACACCAUUUUCGCCGCGCUUGCAUCGCCGGGAAGCACCAUCGUCGAACGGCGCCAGAGUGAUUGACGAGUUUCUGCCGAGGUUGCCGCGAAGGCCGGCCCAAGCGAUGAGAAGUA